AGCGCGCAAGGCAUCAAAGGUCCAAGGUAGCCCAAAUGAGACAACGAGAACUUGAAAUUUUAGUUCGUUUCAACAAUUCCUGUCGGUUCGCACGAAAUCCGCGCUCGGCUCGGCUACGCAAAGUGCUGUUGUGAAAAUUUUGUGAUUAAAAUGGGUAUUCUAAUCUGCUAAGCGACUCCAUCACGCCCCAGCAUAGGAUUAUUGGGAUAGUGGAUACAAGUGCCUAGUCGAUGGGAAGAGUGUUGUGAAGGGAUUCACCGAUUUGAUGGAAUAUUGAUCCAACAUCCUUGGAGCAAGAAUGCGAAGAGUGCAAUUCUAGUGGAACUGUGAAAAAGCAAUGGGAAAUCGGUUUACCCCAAACCAUCGGCAGUGUUCCUAGAAAGGAUUGAUCGCCCGCAUCGACUACGACAUAGUUGAAUCUAAGAAGGAAGAGUUCUUGUGAGACUUGCACAGUUCGAAGGAUAAUCGAUUACUUUGUGCCAUACCGAGCUAUACCGUAUUUUACGGAUUCCGGGUACGGAUUGAUUUGUUUUCUUCUGAAUUAAUCCGGUUGUGUUUUUGUGUGUCUUUAUGUGUUACCUAAUUUGCCAUAUGAGUUUAUUGUUUACCAUCUUUGAAAAUGGAAAGACAGAGAGGUGCUAGGUUUUACACGAAAAGAACGGAACAUUAUAAUAACCUACAGAAACAAGAAGAAGAGAAGCUUAACAUCAACAACAAUAACAACAUCCGUCAGCCUGUGCAUCAACCGCUGCAUCAAAACUCACCUCAGCAACAGCAGCAUCUCCAGCAGGCUCAGCAUCCUUUGAAGGACAACUCCAAUAUCCGCCAGAAGCAAUCUAACGUUGUUAAGAUCGACCUUCUGCGCAAUCAGCAACCGGAAGCACAGCAAGGCGGCUCAAGACCAAUCAAAACCGGAGCUCAGUCCCCGGCAGCUGCGUCUACAGCUCCUACUCAGCUAUCACCUCACACAACAACCGGAGGAAGUCCUUCGACUGUUUCCCAUCUCCGUUCGAUUCGGCCGUUUCCUGCGUCGGCUAACGCGUCCACCAGUUCAACAGCCACUACCAACACCACUGCCACUGGUCCAUCCAGCGCCGUCGCCGGUGAUAGAUCACUUAAGUGCCUGGAAACCCUCGCCCAAAAGGCCGGCAUCACUUUCGACGAGAAGUACGACCUUCCGGCCCCGACCCUGGAGAAGUCACAGAGUCCGGCGCAGGUGGCACAGCAAACCUCGGUGCCCCUGCAGCUGUCCCAGGAGCAGCUUCAACAAUUCCAACAGUUUCAGCAAUUUCAGCAGGCCUUCAGCGGCGCUGCUACCAUCCAAGUCAAGCAGGAAUACAAUCCGCCUCAACCCCAGCAGACGAAUGCAACCGGUGGCCUCGAGCAGCAGCAACAACAGCAACAGGUGCAACAAAUGCAGGCAAUGGCUGCUGGUCAACAACUGUCCGCCACUGACUGGCCCCACGGGCGCGUUCAAGUGCUUCAACAACCCAUCCAAAACCAGUAUCUCCAACAGCUCUAUGGUUCCCAACAACUCCUCCUACAUCCCGGGAUUGGCGGGCAGCAACAGAUCCAGUUGAUUGCAGCUCCCAAACCAUUCCAAGGUGCCUCUCAGAUGCUGACGACUGCCUCCGGGAAACAGGUCAUUGGAACCGGCGCAGGUAAUUUCAGUGGAGCCUACGCACUGCCAACAAUCCCAUCAAGUCAAUCUCAGACGCUGUUGUUUAGUCCUGAUGUUCAGAAACAGCUCACAGUAGCAGCCGCUGCUGCCGGUGCUGGAGGGCCCAAAGUUCAGUUGCAAAAAAUCGGCACCAGUAUCUCAGCCGCAGGUCAGCAACAAAGCGUAACCACACUAACUCAACAACAGGCUGCAGCUGCCGGCCAGCAGUGCGUUCAAGUGUCACAGGCAGCCAUGCCUACGGCACAGCUGUUGAGUCCGCUCCAGCAACAGGGAGCGCAACAGAUGCAGUUCACCGCUCCCUGGAUCCAGGGUAUGGGUCAGUUCUGGACGGCAAAUAACCUUCAGCCGCAAAUCCUUGGUAAUCCAAUUAUCUUCCGUGGUACGGCACCCGACGGAAGCAGCAAUAUGUUCAUUCAGCAAAGCCCUCAGCAAGCUAUCCAACAAGCUCCCACACAAACUCAUAACCAAACUCUAACACUGCCGUGCACCAUUGCACAACAGCCGCAGCAAACGCAGCAGCAGCAACAACAACAACAGCAACAGCAGCAGCAACAAAACCAACAACAACAACAGCAACAAAACCAACAGCAAGCACAAGCUGCACAGCAACAGCAACAACAGCAAAAUGCCGCUGCCCAACAGCAAGCCAACGUGGUCAAUCAAUCGCCUAAUGCCGCCCAAACGGCGAUUCAGCAGAAGAACGCAGGCCAUUUGGCGCCGAAGCAAGCUCAGCGACCGCAAAUUCUACCGCAGGGAGCUUCGCCGAUACGUCCAUCGGCAUCCACGCAAACGGUUCAGGCUCAGCAGAACCUGCUCGCCAAAGGCGGUAAAAUGCGCACCAAACAGCAACCGGUGCGCCCUUCGGGCCCCGUCCAAAUCAAGACGGCUGAGAUCACCACUGCCCAGGCGAAAAUCGGUCAACCACAGCAGAUGCAACAGGUUGUCACCACCGGUGGAAAAAUGGUACUUAUGAACACGACUGGACAAAUCAACCAAUCACCCGUACUCAACAUCCAGUCCAUGAUGCCAGCAGAUAAGCAACAGCAAUUGCAAUUGCAACAGCAGAUCAAGACUGCUCAGCAGCAACAACAGCAACAGCAAUUGCUGCAACAACAGGUAAUGACACUGUUCGAUUGAGCAAAUGAACGUUUGUCUGAUUAUCAUCAUUUUAGGCAAUCCAACAAUUCCAACAGCAACAACAAGCUCUACAACAGCAGCAGCAGCAACAACAACAACAACAACAACAACAACAACAGCAGCAACAGAAUCAACAGCAACAUCAGCAAACCCAGCAGCAACAAAUCCAGCAAUUGCAACAGCAGUUCCUCCAGCAGUCCAAUCAGCAAUCUCAAGCUAAUCAGAUUGUUUCGGGUGCAAAUCAGGCUCAACCAGGUCAACUGGUUCAAACAGCUUCGGGAACCCAACCGGG